AAAAAAACAUCAUUCUACUUGAAAAUGAAACCCCACACGGAGUACGAAUACAUGCAAUUCACAAAAUACAUCCGAUCCCUCAAUAAUUAGUUCACCAUCAUCAACAACAACAAGUAAUUGUUCAAAAGAAGAAAAAGUAGUUUGGAAUAUUAGAAGAAGAGGAAUUAAUGGAAAGGGGCAGUGAAGAAAGAAAUCAGUUAAACAAUUAUAAUUUACAAAUAUCUUUUUCAUCUUCAUCCUCAGCCACAGCAGCAACAAAUAAUAUUCAUCAUGAAUUGGGAUUUAUACACUUUGCAGAUCAUAAUAACUUAACCUUCUUACCUCCUUCAUCACAAUCUUCUCACUCUCUUCAAGCUGCCGCCGCCGCCAGCGUAAGUGUUACGCCAUCUGCCGCCGUCAAUACAAACGCUGCUGCUGCUGCUGCUGCUGGUGGUCUAGGGUUUAGUCACAGUCAAUUACUUGUGAAUAGACCUUCUUGGAACAACAACGAACAGGUGGAAACAGUAGAUCCCAAGGGUAUUAAUGACGAAAAUUGCAGCGGUAAUGCCAGUGAGGGUAACAAUUCAUGGUGGAAGAGUUCAUCUUCAGACAAAGGAAAAGUGAAGAUAAGAAGAAAGUUAAGAGAACCAAGAUUUUGUUUCCAAACAAGGAGUGACAUUGAUGUUCUUGAUGAUGGAUAUAAAUGGAGAAAAUAUGGUCAGAAAGUUGUCAAGAAUAGCCUUCAUCCCAGGAGUUACUAUCGAUGUACGCAUAGUAAUUGUAGAGUGAAAAAGAGAGUUGAAAGAUUAUCAGAAGAUUGUCGUAUGGUAAUAACUACUUAUGAAGGUAGACAUAACCAUUCUCCUUGUGAUGAUUCUAACUCUUCUGAUCAUGAUUGUUUCACCUCUUUCUAAAAUUAUUAUUAUUAUUAUUAUUCUGUAUAUAAGUAGUACCUAGCUACGUACCCCUAUAUAUUAUUAUUAUUAUUAUAUUAUAUAGUUUUUAUAAGGAACAGCAACAACAAUGUCACAACGAAUCAUAUACUAUAUAUUUUGUGUCUACCUUCAUGUUGUUAUGGUGGAUAAAUUUACUAUUCGUUAUGUUAGAGUUUUUCUUUUUUUUCUCCUUA